GACUUAAGUUCGUGUGUAAUACAAGCCUCUUUCGAGUGUAUACGUCAAUUUUGGAUGAAUUUGUGGCAUUAACAAUAUUCAACGAAUCAUUCAUGAAUUAACGAGAAAUAAAAUAAAAACGUUUUAAUGUAGAAAAUAAGAAGAAGUUUAUUUACUGAAAAAGUAAAUAUUUAAAUAACUAAACUUAUGUUUUAAUUUUAUGUAAAAUCAUUCUCAAAUAACCCGGCAUAAACAUGAUAACUGUGAAGAAUCUCGUGUGCGCGUGUUUUGCUGUCUUCAUAAGCUUAAGUAGUAGUUUAGAGAUCGAGAAAGUUAUGCCAUCACGAUAUGAAAUUGAAAGUUCGAUAAACCGCACAAUUGAAGAAGUAGAAAGACUAGUCCAGGAAAAUCCAAGUUUGCCAAAAUUGAAUCGCAAAGGUAUAGUUAAAAUUUUGCAUAAUAUUACCUCGAAAGAUAUCAAAUCUAUUGAAGACAAAGCUCUUUCUGCAAUCGAAAAAACAAGGGAAGACUACCGAAGAGCACUCAUGGUUGUUUUGCCAUUUAAAGUAAAAGACAAUCCAGAAAAUCUAACAGAAUUAUAUAAAAAACCUCCUUUAAUUAAAAUGGUAGCCAAUGAUGAUGUGAAAUCAUCGAUGUUAGAUAUAGAUAAUGGAUUCAGUCCGAGUUUGUUUCCAGUUACAGAUACUCAACCAUCGAAAACCAUGACAGAAAAGAAACAUCAAUUGCUCAACUCACAUGUGAAGUAUCAAGAUUCUGUAAAGUCAAAGAUUCCAACCAGUGGUUUAAAAAAUGUUGGAUCAUCAUCGACAACUGCAAGUCUUAAUUCCAGAUCGGAUUCUGCUCCACAAAAAUUCAGUUUUAACUUGGAAACUCUAGACCAAAAGCCAGAGGCUUCAUCGCACACUUCUGCAGGAACAAAACGACCUAUUUAUAGGGGAACUUUUUCUCGUUACAGAACUAGCACUCUAGCUCCAUCAAAAGUUCAGACUAGUACAACGCCUCGAGUAAGAACUACCAGUCAAUCUAUAAUAGAAACAACGAAAGCUCCCAGUGUAUUAAAGUCGAAUCGAUGGCGUUAUAACCCACCCCCAACUACAACAAUUACAACUACCGACGAACCAACAACUACCAAAGACUUACCUUGGCAUCCAGUGGAUCCAUCAAAAGAUUUCUUUUUACCAACGAUUCCGAGCCAUUCUAAUGUUGAUGAUCCAGCAAUUUCAAUAUUACAAAUGGAUGAUUUUCAUAAAAUUCUAGAUAAAACCAUGUCAACAACAAGUAAACCAACUUCAAUUUUCGUGACACCCAGUCGAGCGACAAGUCGAAGAAAAAAUAGUAAUAACAUGAAAAAUGUACCCAAUGACUUUCGUUUAACGAGAACAACAACAACAACUACAACAACAACGACGACCGACAGUCCAAGAAAUCAAGAACUUGAAUUAAUACUCAAAGCGAUUGGAUUAGAGCGACUCAAAACGAACGACGCUCCUGUGAAACCCGUACCAGAUGUAUCAAAUGAUAAUUUUAAUAAAGCUUCAGAAGAUGUUAAAGAUGGUGUAGUUAAUUUAACACCUAAUAUACAACUAAUGUUUCAACAAUUUGGUUUGCAAGGCUCCAAUAAUGUAAAAAUGGCUAAGACAACAACCACUACUCGUAAACCUAGUACAAAACCUGCAAAUGUCAAUUCAUAUACAAAUUUCAAACCAAUACCCAGUUUUGAUGUGAAAGAUAACGAUUUUCGAGAUUUUUUGUUAAAAUUUGGCUUGGGAGGCAGUAGAAACCAAAAGUCCAUACUUCAAAAUGCUGCAACCAAUAAAGCUAACUUAUUAGAUAAAGUACCAGAUAAUAUGAAGAAAGUUCUGGAAAGCGUAGGUUUAAUGAAAAGGCCACAAAAAGUUGAAUCUCAAUCAAAAGUCAAGUCAGAACAUCGAAGAGAAACAACAAAAAAAAAUGAAGCAUCGACAUCACCCACCAAAGACAUCAUGAAACAAACCGAAAGCGUUGUUACAGAUAUGAAACAACAAGAUAUGAUUAAAGAUCUACUAGCUACAGUGAAAAAAGUUCAAGAAGGUAAAGCUGGUAUUCAAGAAGUUCAAAAAGUUGCUCAUAAUUUACUCGAAAGCACCAAAUCUCUAGAAAAUGGCCCCGAUCCCAUAAAGCUCGAAGAAAUAUUGAAUAAUUAUAGAAAUAGUCUCAAAAACGAAGUUAAAAGGCAACCAGAGACGACCACAACUGCAAGGAUAGCAACAACCACAGUAAAGGAAAUAGAAGAGACUACAAUAUCUUCUGUUGCUAGUUCUGAUUCUUCCGGAUCACCAGUAGAAAAAUUAAAAUCUUCCACUACUGAUACAGUUGAAGAAACUACUCCUAAGAUUCAAAGAGAUCAAUCGCCAUCUUCUUCAACUAAUAAUGAAAAACCAACUAAAUCAGAUUUUUUCGAUACGUUUGAUAUUUAUAAAUAUAUUAAUGGCUCGGAGGCCCUUAAUGCUACCUCUUCUACUACUGUGGCACCUACAGACUCUGGAACAACCAAAAGUAACUUUUUUGAGACUUUUGAUAUAAACAAGUAUUUGAAUAAUACUGAACAAGAAUCGAAUGAUGCCAAAAACUCCAAUUCUAAUCAAAGCAACCUCGAAGAAUCUUUUGGGGGUAGUACCGAGGAACCGGACCCCGUCAUACCAACAAGACCAAAAACGGGUUUUUAUUUUUUGGUAGAUUGGAAUUCAUUCUUAACUGUUGGCACCGAAGAAAAUCCAGAUCGAGUAGAUUUAAGAUUUGCUCCUAAAGCUGGUGAUCGUACAAGAUUUAUACCAGUAAAAAUUGUAAAACCUGCAAUCUAGACAAAAUCAAAAAAUUAUAGCUUUGUAUUUCAAGAAAAAAUGCAAGAAUGUUUCAUUAUUGUAAAACAUUUGAAUUUGUUAAAAAAUCAUUCUAGAAACGAUUUUUUUAUCUCUAAUUUGAAUGAAAAAUAAGUCAAAUUCUAUGUAUUUCAUCGUCUUUAUUUUUGUAUGACUAUUUAUGUAUAAGACAGUGAUAAUUAUUUGUUUAAUUUCAUAAUUCGCCAUAAAUUGUAUUUUAAUUCAAUCACAU